AAAAAACAACUAAAUGAACAAAAAAAAUAUAAUAUUAGAAAGAUGAAAAAAAGAAAAACUAUAAUCAUGUUCAUGCAUCUUUGGCUAUAGUUGAAAAACUGCAGCAAAGGGAACGCAAACUCUCAAUCGAGUUGGUGCUGAUCAGAACAGCGGAAUCGAAGUGAAGAUGAGUUUCAUAAUGGAAUUCGCGGAGAAUUUGAUUUUGAAGCUGAUGGAAGAUCCAGAGGACAGGGAUCGCAGAUUCAGGGAGCAUGUUUACAAGGUGAAGGAUCGAUGUGCGAAGACGAAGGAGAUGUGGAGCUACCCUAUGAGACCCUAUGGGUUCUGGACAUUCGAACGCCACAAUUCUCAGCUCGCGUGGGAUGCUCAGAUUAGCCAAGUUGCUGGCAGAAGGGACCCUUAUGAUGAUAUGCUCCGUCAUUAUCCUCCAACUCCUAAAUGA